AUGUCGGGUAUAUAUGCGAUAUCUAUCCCUCAUAUUUUUCGCGUGGACCAGGUUUUGGAUGAAAGGUGCAGCAAUGAAGAGCUUUUUGAGAAACUCGUGUACGACCGCAUUCUUUCUUCUGCGGAGCAGCCUGACACCUCAUGCUUCCUGGCGUAUGGACACACAAACAGCGGGAAAACUCAUACGAUCGCCGGAGGACGGCGUGAGGCGGGUCUCCUUUCUCUCGCGGCGAGGGCUGUGCUUGACAUGUAUGGUUACUUGGAGGUUGCAAUGAUUGAGGUUUACGGAGAGAAUGUGCACGAUCUACUUGCGCAAGGGGAGCGGCGCCUAAUUCGGCGUCGAGCCGGGCCUGAUGGAGUUGCAAUUAUAGUAGAGGAUCUGACUACCUGUUCGCUUUCAACUCUGCAGGAAUGGGAAGCAGUUUCGGCGUUCGGCAUGGAGACAAGACGUACGGCUCCAACCGAACGUAACUCUCGAAGCAGUCGGAGCCAUGCGCUUUUUACUAUCAAGAGUCGUGGUCUUAGGCUCUGUAUGGUUGACUUAGCGGGAAGUGAGCGUCAAACCACAUAUUCCCCGCAGCUGAAUAGUGAGAGUAUUGCGAUAAAUAAGUCGCUCUCCCGUCUUAGCACUGUUUUGGAGGCCCUCAGCACGAUUCGCCGAAGGCCAGAUGGUUCUUCUUCUUAUGUUAACUUUCGUGACACGACACUUACAGUGCUUCUCCAACGGUAUCUAUGUGGCGCCUCCAUGACUGUGUUUGUGGCUUGCAUUCACCCCGAUGUGCAGUUUGUACAGGAGACUAUGAGCACCAUGCGCUACACCCAGCGCUUGAAACACAUCAAGACAAAGCCACCGCCCCAAAAGCCCAAUGAUGACUCGUCCCUGUUUCAUCCGAAGGAACACAAAAACCUGUUGGAAGAGCUGUUAGCAUUACGCAAGAUUGUGGGUAUAAAUCCAUGCGCCGGUGUGGCAGCAGGAAAUGACGACACUUUGAAAACUAAGCUAUACCAGGACAACUGUGCCCCACCGGCGCCGCCACAGGAUGCUGCCCCCAGAGUGGAAGGUCCUGAUCGAAGCGAGAGGUCAAUAAUGAGGCACAAGCAACGGCUGCUUCGUUCGAAAGACAUAAGGCGUGUUGCGGGUUGGCUUGUCAGCCGCACUCUUAGCAUGCUUCCACAGCUUUCUGUAGGUUUUGAUGACUACUUUGAUGACUACUUGCCUGGGGAGAUUCAAGUAGUUGGUUUUGUUUCACUAAUGGCAUGCCUGCCUCCGUGCAGCAAGACUGAGGCACUAAACGGUUUAGCUUUUCUGGACGUUGGUGACCCUUCAAUUGGUCUUUCAAUGCUUGAUGCAGGGAUACCUGCAUGUGUUGGACUUCACAAACUAAGUUGUAAAGAGGUUCACUCGUGGGAAGUGCAUGAAUAUAACGAGACCAAUAACAUCUUUUUAUUGGCUUUCUUCAAGGUGGACGAACAACUUGUGGAACCAUUGGGAGCCUCUGGGAGCCCGUUUGCGUGCUGCGGUGGCCUUUUAACCCUCGAACCACUGAUGCCUUUAGCACUGGUGUUUGGUGCACCCCUUAAUGCACCAAACGAGGUGAAGGAGAAUGUUCUCCAACAUUUAGUCACACUUCAGUCAGAACAGCAUCAACCAGCGGGUGCCUCCAAUGACACCGAUGCGUCCCAAUCAGUACACAAGAAAAGUAACGAUUCGCAUGGCUCUGUACCUUUUUUCAACUCAGAGGUACUCGAUGCGCUGUCGGAUUAUUCCUAUCAUUAUGAAGUGGGGGAGGACAGUUUGAUAGGGAGUCCAGUUGGGCCCCAACGAAAGGCUCUUACAGACCAUAAUGAAGGACAAAAUGGUGAUGGCUUUCGCUCACAAAUAUCAUGGGAAAGCGUACAGUUCCAAGAGGAUUUGACUGAGAUGGUGUGUUGUCGGGCUGUGGGCUCUGCUGACAUUGAUGAGGCUGAUGAUCCAGAACCAUCGUCAUUAUCAUCGCCUUCCACCUUUUGCGGUGAGGAAAAGGAGCUCAAUCCAGUGCCCCUGCCGAAUUCGGUCGCGGUACGUGCGGUAUCGUGUGAUAUAGACCCCGAAAAGGGAGAACAAUCACCUCAAAGUGUUGGUGAGCAAAUCAUUACUGACAGUGCUGAUCAGUGUGACGUUGAGACACUUGAUGAUCAACCUUCUCUGCAUGCGGGCGGAGACGAGAGCGAAAUUUCCUUCAAGGAAGUGGAGCUGACCGUUGGAACGACGGCUAAUACGUCUUCGUCUCCCGGGUUAUUGGAAUCUCAGCCAAAGAGUUCACACAUAUUAGUCGCUUGUGAAGAAGAGAACCGCCUGGACUGUCCGCGUGGUGAAAUCCUCGAGCUUAGUGGUACUCUUGCAAGUGAGUCCCCCGAGGUUCACAAAGGAAAAGGAAAGAAAACGAAGCGGGAAAAUAGAGAUAACCAUAGAGACAGAGACCCUGUUAAACAGGGUUGCCAUUACUGUGUAAUAAUGUAG